AUGCUUCAUUCACUGGAUUACAACACACCGUCGGGGGCAGAAAUGGCAAAUUAUGGAAAUGAUUACUAUUUCACAAUGGACACCGACGAUGUGGAAUCCUCGAGCAGUAGCACGAUGUCGAGCCUCAACAGUCUGUUUUCCUUCACUAGCCCGGCAGUGAAAAAGCUGCUCGGCUGGAAGCAGGGCGACGAGGAGGAGAAAUGGGCAGAAAAGGCAGUCGACAGUCUGGUAAAAAAGCUCAAGAAACGAAAGGGCGCCAUUGAGGAGCUGGAGCGUGCACUAUCCUGCCCAGGCCAGCCCUCGAAGUGUGUUACAAUACCGCGUUCGCUCGACGGACGACUUCAGGUAUCUCACCGUAAAGGAUUGCCUCACGUGAUCUAUUGCCGGGUGUGGCGUUGGCCCGACCUUCAGAGCCACCAUGAGCUGAAACCGAUCGAAACAUGUCAGUAUCCGUUCAGCGCGAAGCAGAAAGAGGUGUGCAUCAAUCCGUACCACUACAAGCGCGUCGAGAGCCCGGUGCUGCCACCGGUGCUGGUGCCCCGCCAUUCCGAGUUCGCGCCAGGACAUUCGCUUCUGCCAUUCCACCAGAUGAACGAGCCAAACAUGCCGCACAAUGUCAACUACUCCAAUACGGGUUUUAAUAACUCGCAUAUGGGCGGUGGUGGUGCAGGUGGCGGUGGAGGUGGAGCGGGAAAUGGUGGUGGAGGUGGCGGCGGUGGUGGUGGUGGUGGAGGUGGUCCUAAUUCACCCAUUUCGUCCCAUAUGGGUCCCAACAGUCCGAUGUCAUCGGUAUCGAGCCCGGGACCGAUCAGCUCCAAUCCACAGAGCCCGUACGGAGCGUUACCGGAAACUCCACCACCAGCGUACAGUCCACCGGAGGAGGGCAAUACGGUAAGCGGUGGCCAGGAUGGUAAUCAGAUGGAUACGAAUCAAAUGCACGGCGAAGUUGCACCGGUAAGCUAUCAGGAACCCCCGUACUGGGCGAGUAUAGCGUACUAUGAGCUGAAUUGCCGUGUUGGCGAAGUAUUUCACUGCACCAAUACUUCCAUCAUUGUGGAUGGGUUUACCAAUCCGUCCAACAACUCGGACCGCUUCUGCCUGGGCCAGCUGAGCAAUGUGAAUCGUAACAGUACGAUCGAAAACACCCGGCGCCAUAUUGGGAAGGGCGUGCAUCUGUAUUACGUUGGCGGGGAAGUGUACGCGGAGUGUCUGUCCGAUUCGGCCAUCUUUGUGCAGAGUCGCAACUGCAACCAUCAUCAUGGGUUCCAUCCGAGCACGGUAUGCAAAAUUCCACCCGGCUGCUCACUAAAGAUUUUCAACAAUCAGGAGUUUGCCCAGCUACUGUCCCAGUCCGUCAAUCAUGGAUUCGAGGCGGUGUACGAGCUGACGAAGAUGUGCACGAUACGUAUGAGCUUCGUGAAGGGUUGGGGAGCGGAGUAUCAUCGGCAGGAUGUCACCUCUACACCGUGCUGGAUCGAAAUUCACCUACACGGACCACUGCAGUGGUUGGAUAAGGUGCUGAUGCAGAUGGGUUCGCCGCACAACGCGAUCAGCUCGGUGUCGUAA